CGGGUCGCAGCGCGGAGGAGCCUCGGGGGAACGUUAUAGGGAGCCGGUAAUGAGGAAUUGUAGGGCUGAAUCCUGAGUCGUGCAACGGACGUGUCAUCGCACCUGGCCAUAGAAUCCAGUAAUGGACAGAAGACUCUCCGACCAUCCGGUCCCCGGGGCCCCUGUGGAUUUCUCAUUCAAAUGCAUCAACUCAGUGGAAGAUGUGCUGCUGGAGGAACCCCGGCAGGGGCUGCGGCCCCUAAAACGCUGUGAGGAUGGGAAGCUCUUGAGCCAAGCUCUGCGCCUCAACAACAACACUCUGACUGACCUGAAAGGCUUCGGGGAGACAGUAGAAAAGCUUUUGGGGGACCCGACACAGCUCAGCUGGAUUGACUUGUCCUUUAAUGAUUUGUCCACCAUUGACUCGGUUCUGACCAAGUACCCAAAACUCAGUGUCCUCAAUCUCCAUAGCAACAGCAUCAAGCAACUGUCCCAGGUGGAUAAAAUGGCCGCCCUGCCCAACCUGAAGAGUCUGACCCUGCACGGCAACCCAGUGGAGGGGGAGCGAGGAUACAGGUGCUACGUCCUGUCUGUGCUGCCUCAGCUGAAGACGUUGGAUUUCAGCGCUGUCACCAAGCAAGACCGUGUCACUGCUGAUGUAUGGAGGCGCAUGAACGUGAGGCCCAGACGCGUGAGUCGGAAUAAAGACCAAUAGAUCCCAUGCUGAAUAAUCACAGGGGGAACACUCUGAAGUAGCCAAUCACAUUUGUGCCCCUCCUCUGUAAUCUACACGUGACUCACAGCUCAUGUACAAACUCUCUACCAAUAGCAGCCUGAGCAGCUGAACUUCCAUUGCUACAACUGCUUGUGAUUGGAAGGAAUCUGCACGGGAGCAUGGGCUUUACUUACCCUUUAAAUGUCAAUCCUCAUUGGCUGAUCUUGUGCAACUCUGCAUGCGGGGUCACAUGACAAGGGAUAGACCCUCCCCCAGCGCUAGGGCAGUGGCUUGUUGCAAUAGGAUGAUUAACCCUUUGUGGGGAAUGUUAUAGGUCUGUACAGAGGGGGUGGCUCAACUGCACAUAUCAGCAUGUUGCUCUGUCUCACUGUGGCUCCUGUGGGGUGUUUAUGGGUGCAGUAUGAGUGCAGCUGGUGGACAAUGCACAGUAGAUCUCACCAGAAGGUGCAGGGAGUACAUAGAUGCUGCAUUACACAUUGCCCUCUAGUGGCUGAACAGAAUAAAGUGCAACAAUGUUACACAACAGACUGAAUGGGAGAAGCUUUUGUUUCACACCGACUGGCCUUGUAUCAAGCUAUUCAUUUAGAUUGUCAGCUCUUGUGAGCAGGACCCUCUGAUCCCUUAGUUAUUGUGCAGCCCCUGUUAUAUCAGUGUAAGAGCGUGUUUGUUGCACAUGAACGUAACUGUCAUAAUGAUCUAUGGGACAACUAUUUGUGUGCAAACUCCUCCCCUUCAUUCACAUUUACUGGUGUGAGGCUAUAAAGUGCCUGCGGGAUUCCCUAUUCAUCACCUGUCUGUCUGUCUGUCACUCACUGAGGCCUCUGUACAGUAACCACAGCCCAAAUCCAGUAGCCCCGCCUCUUAAUCAUCAGCUCUUGGGAUCAGGGAUAUUGCCUGGGGUAACCACUUCUAUCAUUUACCAUCUCAUUUCUCUUAUGUUUGGGGGGAAUUGACAAAAGUGCUGAUAUUGAGACAAAAUAAAAGUGGAAAUAAAAAGGUCGGAUUUCCCAUCAAA